AUGCCCGUAGCUCCAGAAGGAGGUCAGAGUAGCAACCAGCCCCCAGGCACGGUGCGUUGGUUUCCGUCCUUAAUAGAACCGGGAAAUAAAUGGGCUCAAUGCAAAUACCGACUGUGGACCGGAAAAUCCAACCGUCAGCAAAGGACGGGUAACGAGGCGUUCAUUGACAAUCACAUAGAAUUAUCGCCCAAUUACCCACUUAACUGGCCGGCGCGGCGUCGUGAUGCCGUGCUGGUUGCUGUUGGUCUGUAUAGCUUAAUCGCUGGCGGUUUAAUCCCUGUGCUUGCUGCUGGGUUUACAGACAUUUCACGAAGUUUCAAUGUCAGUCUUCGAUUUGCUUCAUUUACUACUGGCACUUACGUCCUCGGUCUCGGGAUAGGAGCCAUAAUCUUGUCUCCAACAGCAACACAGUAUGGGGAACGUCUUGUAUAUCUUGUAGGUAUUAGUCUCCUAACCUGUUCAACAGCAAGCGCUGCUGCUAGCCAGAGAUAUACCAGCCUUUCCCUCUCUAGGCUUAUCCAGGGAAUCGGUGCCAGUCCCGGCGAGUUUAUGGUCUCCGCAACCAUCACGGAGAUAUAUUAUCCGCACGAGCGAGCAUACCGGCUUGGUAUCUACAUGCUUCUUAUUUCAACCGGCAAGAGUCUGUCACCACUCUUUGGGGCAGCCUUAAUUCAAUUGCGGGGAAGGCGUUGGGCUAUGUGGGAGGCCACCAUCAUUGCCACACUGUGUUUCCUUUUGAUAUUUUUGCUUGCUCGGGAGACAUUCUGGGUCGAAGGCUGUCCUACUUAUUUGCCUGCCCAGGACAGAGGUGGUGUAAGUGGGCAGGCAAUGUCAAACGAUCCUAUUAUCAAUAAUGCUCAAGAGCUUACUGGAAGGAAUGAUUCGUCUCCUCAGGGCUCCGAGCUCCAUAUAUCGUCCAUAGCUCCAGGACAGUUAUACACCAACCGGCUGCGGAAGAGCCCGCCAUUGUUUACUCACACUUUAUAUCCUUGGAAUGGUCGACUGCACCAUGAAAACUGGCUGCGUCUAGCGAUUAAUCCAGUAUAUUUACUAAAGUCACCGCCUGUGCUAUGGUCCGCUGUGGCGUAUGCAUUUUCAAUGGGAUGGCUUAUUGUCCUCGCUGAGUCAGUUGGAUACCUCUUUCAAUCCCCUGACCGCUAUGCGUUCAGUCCAGUCCAAACUGGAUUAUUGUAUAUCUCCCCACUUGUUGGCGCAACCCUAGGCAGUGCUAUCGGCGGGAAGACAUCAGAUAUGCUAGCUUGCGUGCAGGCGUACCGUAAUAAAGGGAUCUACGAGCCUGAAUUCCGACUUUUAAUGGGUAUCCCAGCGGCGUUGUCGACCAGUAUCGGGCUGGUAGCCUUCGGUGAGACCGUGUAG